GGGACAGAAACCUAGGCUGCUUUUUCCCAGCACCUGCCCUCCUGCAAGUUGGUUGCUGAGCAAGCGGGACUCUCCUGAAAUGCCAGCCCCCUGCCAGCCCUGCCGUGAGGGACAGAGACCCUGUCACCUGCGCAGGAUCGGCCGCCAAGCUGCAGCCCCGGACCAUGCUGACUUCAUCCAGUAAGUAUCCUGGGUGGUCCUGGCUGAGGGAUGUGUCCAUUGAAAUAAAAAAAUUAAGGUCAUAUAUAUAUAUAAUAAAUGUUCAUAAAUGUACCAAGCAAACACGUACAUAAAUAUAUAAACGACAUGUCUUAAGCAGCGCAGGAAAACAUCCCUGGAACCAUUUUGGCUCCCAGACUGACCAGAUGUUUUCUCUGCAAGGUCAAAGGAAAAUGGAAAAGCCUCCCCAUUGUCUUUUCCUUCACAAAUCCUGUCUUAAGGGCACAUUUAAGAUAUGAAUAAGGUGUGAGCCUGUGACCUGGCUCAGGAACUAAGUAUUUAUCAUUACCAAAGACUGGCCAAGCUCCCCAGGGUAUCCAAUCAAGUGAGCAUUAAGAGGUAACCUGCCAGACAGGAGAUAAACAAUGCACUCAGAUUUCUGUUGUAAACCACCUUUUCUGUGAUGUAUGUAUGAUGUUUCUGGGGGUGGUCUUGGACUCCAGGGCUGGCAAUUUAAAAUGUCUGUAUAAGGGUGGGCACACCUUUGUUCUGGGUCUUCCUCCUCCUCCUUCUGCGUGUGAGGGGAGCACCCUGUUGCAACAGUUCAAUAAAGAUCAGGCUUACGAGCUGCUUUGCUUCUCAAUGUUCUCUGGUUGGCCUCUGUUAUUUUCUCUGACCGAUGGAGAACCUGCAAAGGACUCUAUAAGGGCUCUUGCGUCCCCCUUAAGGGAAUAAGGGCAGAUUUUCGUUUAUUUCACCAUGGAGGGCUUUCUCUGUGCCUGGGGCUGCUGGGGCUGCCUUGAGGACGUGAUGCCUUGUGUUCGGCCUCUUUGCGCUCCUGCUUUGUUCUCCUCCGCAUUCCUCUCUGGUGUUUCCCUUGCUCAGGCUGCCAGGCUUUCUGGACCAGCGAGAAGAUUUCAGCAUUUGAGGAAGGGCUGGGAGCGCCAGGCGCAAAAUGCAUGCGGGGGGGGGGGGCACGACGUAAUGCAAAAGCGAGAAGGAGCUCAGCAAUGGCUGCUUUCCCCCCUUCCCCCACAACUGCAGGCAACUUCAUGCUUCUUGUGGGAAAGCGCCGACAUCCUGCUGGUUCUUACUGUGGGGAUCACACAGGAGGGCUGGGCGGUAUAUGAAUAUUUCAUUCCAAAUUGGUUUGAAGUCCAUAUCGUGAUACCGGUUUCAUAAUUUUUGAUCUGGCAACAUACCACAAAUUGUGUGUGUGUGUGGGGGGUGUUUAGCAAAAAUCACAAUUUGGGAAAAAGCAUGAAGCCAGUCGAUGUGUCUACAUUUGUUGUUGUUUAGUCCGCCUCUUUGUGACCCCCUGGACCAGAGCGCGCCAGGCCCUCCUGUCUUCCACUGCCUCCCGCAGUUUGGUCAAACUCAUGCUGGUAGCUUUGAGAACACUGUCCCACCAUCUCGUCCUCUGUCAUCCCCUUCUCCUUGUGCCCUCCAUCUUUCCCAACAUCAGGGUCUUUUCCAGGGAGUCUUCUCUUCUCCUGAGGUGGCCAAAGUACUGGAGCCUCAGCUUCAGGGUCUGUCCUUCCAGUGAGCACUCAGGGCUGAUUUCCUUCAGAAUGGAUAGGUUUGAUCUUCUUGCAGUCCAUGGGACUUUCCAGAGUCUCCUCUAGCACCAGAAUUCAAAAGCAUCCAUUCUUCGGCGAUCAGCCUUCUUGAUGGUCCAGCUCUCACUUCCAUACAUCACUACUGGGAAAACCAUGGCUUUAACUAUACGGACCUUUGUUGGCAAGGUGAUGUCUGCUUUUUAAGAUGCUAUGCGUCUACAUAGCUUUAUCUUUAUUUCAGACAUAAUGAUAUAUUGAUAUAUUGUGAUGCUUAGCUUGCGAUAUAUCACAGUGUUGAAAACCAGAUACCACCCAGUCCUAUUGCACAGUACUGAUUUCCUCCCUCCCCACAGACACCACCCCACCCCCACCCACCCACCCACCCACCCACUGCUGUUGCCGUCCAAUAACAGGACCCCCAGUACCCACCCCCUUUCUCUUUCUCUCCCCUGCAAGUUUCCCUAACACUGUCACGCUGGUUGGCCGAAGCGUGGCCGCCGUGGACCGCCUUCCUCAGCUCCGCUGCCCAGAGGAGUCGCGAGUACAUCUCCCGCAUCCACGCCCGGGUGAUCCGCACGGCUGGGGCCUACAAGCUCGUGGAUUCCAGCCUAACCGGGGUGUAUAUCAAUGACGUCCGGAUCAGCGGUGAGUGCUGUGGCCAAGACACAAGGAAACUUUAUUAAAUGAUUUCUUCUUAAUAAAUUUGAGUAUCACUCUUCAUCCAAAAUCACCAGGCGGUGACAUUUGUAAUGCUUCCCAUUGAGAACAUGUUUCUACACAUCCUUUAGUCGUAGAGGCGUAAUAAAAUAUCUAGGUUAUGGCAACAAGCGUCAUGUCUAGCAGAAAUCAGAAUUAGAUAUGGUUUGCACACAUCUGUGCCAACCCAGUCACCCUGUGCUCAAGGUUCCCCAGUUGGGGGGGGUCUCCAUCUUUGUUCAGAAGAUGAGCAACUCUUCCUGCAUCAGGCUCCCCACACAAGCGCACCCGGAUCUGCACCAUCCUCUCUCACUUCUCUGGAAACCCCCAACGCAAUAAAUGGCCUUGUCAGGCAAGCAAGAACAGUCCCGAUUCUUUAGGGAAAGAACAAAGAGGAGUGAAGUCAUUUCCUGGAAUACACGCAGCCUCUGUCACCUGGACAGGAGCCUUCUACAUGAUGAAGCAAGCCCAAAGAGUUAAGCUCAGAGGAAGUCUGUCAGCAGCGAGAGAGAGUGCCAGGCAGGGCGCUGGUGCUGCCUGGAUGUUUGAAAGUCUAGUCUGAGUCCCUGCACAGCUGUAAACCUCACAGGGUGGCCUCUGGCAAACCUAUGCCCAAGUCUGAUGUGCUUCAGAUAAUUACAGUCAUACCUUGGAUCCCAAACGCCUUGCGAGUCAAACUUUUUGGCUGCUGAACGCUGCAAACUCAGAAGUGAUUGUUCCGGUCUGUGAACAUUCUUUGGAACCCAAACGUCCAACGCGGCUUCCGAUUGGCUGCAGGAGCUUCCUGCAGCCAAUUGGAAGCCACACCUUGGUUUCCGAAAGUUUUGGAAGUCAAACGGACUUCCAGAACGGAUUCCGAGGUACAACUGUAUUGGAAAAAGUUGGUCUGAGCACCUUUUGGAAAGGAAGGGAGGCCAACACGGAAACUGCUGUCGGGUAGCAGCAAAUGACCUUGAGCAAAGGAACAGGCCAGUGGCCCAUCUAGUCACCCAGUGGCCAAAAAGGUGCCCCCAAGGGGAUCUCAUGAGUGGAAUCUGAACCCAAGAGCAACUCUCCCCUCCUGCGGUUUCUAGCAACUGGGAUUCAGAAGCAGGACUUCCUGUGGCUGCAGAGCCAUUCUGAUUGGGGCCGUUGGGAGUCCUCUCUUCCCUAAAAUCUCCAGCCCUGGGUGGCUCUUGAUGUGGGCAGAGGUGGGCAACCUGUCCCUCCUUCCCCUGAAGGCCCAGAAAGGUAAAGGGACCCCUGACCAUUAGGUCCAGUCGUGGCCGACUCUGGGGUUGCGGCGCUCAUCUCGCUUUAUUGGCCGAGGGAGCCGGCGUACGGCUUCCGGGUCAUGUGGCCAGCAGGACUAAGCCGCUUCUGGCGAACCAGAGCAGCGCACGGAAACGCUGUUUACAUUCCCGCCGGAGUGGUACCUAUUUAUCUACUUGCACUUUUGACAUGCUUUAGAACUGCUAGGCUGGCAGGAGCUGGGACCGAGCAAUGGAAGCUCACCCCGUCACGGGGAUUCGAACCGCCAACCUUAUGAUCAGCAAGCCCUAGGCUCUGUGGUUUAGACCACAGCGCCACCUGCGUCCCAUACAAGGUCCAUACAAUGCAGUAAAUAAAUGAAGCUUUGCUCUUUCAGUUUUUCGCCUUGCAGCAGGAAGAGUUGGUCCUUUACGUUGUGAACCGCCAUGAGAUCCACAGCUGAAGGGCAGUAUACAAAUUUAAUAAAAUGGUAAAUAAAUAAAUAAUCGUUUUGCUUGGUGAGGGUUGGCUGGUGUUUUUUAUUCUUAUAGUAAUAAACCACCUCACGGCAGCUCACAGGUAGAAACAAGAUUUUAAAACAGAAAAAAAAAUAGACAUAUUUCUGGUUUAUUUGCUUUUGGAUCAGAAGCCAGGCCAAGGAGAUUUGCUGUUGUUUUUAAACCUUUAAACUGAUUGUUUCAAAUCUUAUUUCUACGUAGAAAAAGUAUUGUUGCAAGAAGGCGAUACGGUUACUUUUGGGCAUCCGUGCGGGAGGAGCGUUAACCCCGGGAGUCGCGUCCGGCAGCCAAAUUCUCCGUUUUAUUACUUGGUAGGACUCUGCCUUCCUUUGUACAUCUAUCUGUCUGUCUGAGAUGGAAUCAUACAAUUGUAGGGUUGUGAGGGUCUCCAAAGGUCCUCUAGUCCAGCCCCCCUCGCAAUGCACGAGUCCUGUGGCUCUCCUUGGUGUGGCCCCCGAGUCCCUUGGUGUGCUCACCCCCCUCCCUGCAGUUGACCAGAGGGGCCCCCCCCAUGCGCCCUCCCUCUGCCCUGCUCACGCCUUCAUUUAUUUUAUUGGUGGGGGAUAUUCCUGCAAGCUCAAGGAGGGCAUGGAAACAGCAAUGUUCAAAAUGUCAUUUGAUUGGGGAGAGAGCAGGAGGCUGGAUGGGCUGACCCAGGGGGGCUCUCCUGGUGUUAAUUAAUCCUCCUUCUCCCACCUUUCGUUCCCUUUUCAGUUUGAGCCCUGCAGCUGCAGUGUGGAGCAAAGGCAAGGCCUGCGCGGAGAGAGGAGACCUUUCCCCCAAAGGGUAAAGUGGAAAACCCCUUCUACUCCAGACAUCAUCUUUUCUCCAUGGGUGCAGCAGUGGGGAGGGUGGGUGUAAAGCAGCACUUGGGGGGGGGAGUCAAUCCCAGUGACAACCCCCCACAGGCAACCUGGUCAGGUGGUGGGGGCUGCCUAACUCUCCAUCGCCCCCCCAUCCCCAGGGCAUCAGGGGAAGGUUUUUUCCUUUAUCUGCAUGGUUUGAUUUCGGAUUGUGUGGGGCACAGAAAUGGGGUUUGUGGCCAGCCCUGCUUUAGGCAGUGACCGGCUCCCCUCAGGACCUCCCAAGUGGGCCUCUGCUUCUUGCCAAAUUUACAAGGGUCUGCAUGUUAGUCUCCCUUGCCCCGGGCUCCUGCUUAUUCCUCCCCAACGUGCCUUUACCUGCCCCAGAGCUGACUCCACCUGUGACGGCAGGUAUGGGGCGGAUGGGCGUGGCAUGGGGGCCACGCGAGGACCCCUGCAGCGCUGAAUCAGGACCUUGCCUGGAGGUUCCCCACUCUCUGGCAUGCGCAAGGAAGCAGGCCCUCUUAGCCUUGUGUCUGCAUUCGCUUCCUUAAGUAUAAUGUCCUGGGGAAUUUAAGACAGGGCCAGAGUGGAUAGGAGGUUUCGGGGCACCUGAGGCAGGGAUGCUAGGCUCCUGCCCCAAAGAUCUGUGAUCCCACAGGAAGGAGGUCUUUUAGGUAUCCUGAAAGUUUCCCUUGUUUCACAGAGGCUGAAUGUCUACAAUGCAGUUGCUUUCUCUGAUAAGGCCUUUUUAUGGCAAAUGGGGCCAUAAACGAGAGCCAGUGUGGUGUAGUGGUUCAGAGCGGUGGACUCAUAAUCUGGGGAACCGGGUUUGCUUCCCGCUCCUCCACAUGCAGCUGCUGGGUGACCUUGGGCCAGUCACACUUCUUUGAAAUCUCUCAGCCCCACUCACCUCACAGAGUGUUUGUUGGGGGGGAGGAAGGGAAAGGAGAAUGUUAGCCGCUUUGAGACUCCUUAGAGUAGUGAAAAAGCGGGAUAUCAAAUCCAAACUCUUCUCUUUUUCAUACAGCCAUCCUCACAUCCACACCCUCUCUAGGUUCUCCCAUUACACGUUCCGAUGUGUUUCUUGUUUAUUCGGUCAGUGCAGGUUGGUACCCAGUUGGGGUUGUUUUGCUCUAUAGGUUGAAUUCACAGGUCCUCAAAUUGCCGUAGGGUUUCGCCAGCAAGGAAAACUGACGUGCUCUGUAUGUUGCAUAGUUGUAUCUCCAGUGCUCUGUAUUUUGAUGUUUUGAAUGUUUGCUGUAAAGCUGCUUUGGGCUCAGCUCAUAAGUAAACCCCUCAUUCAAUCAAGAUGCCAGGAGGAGGAGGAGCUAUGCAAAAUAACCACGGAGGUUUCCUGGCUGGGCUGAUAGAGGGACACAACCCCCAGCUUCAGGGGCCUGGAGGUGCUGCACAGAAGUCGUUUUUGCAGUGAGUAACCCAUGCUCCAUUCUAACCUCUUGAUUCCUUUCUUCCAUCUAGCUUCCUGCGUUGGCAUCUGCUGGGGCAUCAGUGCCAGUGAGCUCAGGGAUGGGAUUUGCACCCACACUCGCAGGGGACCCAACUGGUGUUCUGCCUGGCUCUGCCCACCAACGUCCGGCCAUCAGCAAUCCGUCCUCUGCAGCUUCAUUCCUGCCUCCAGCUGCAUCGUCAGCAUCCAUAAAUUCUCUUAGCCUGACUUCCAGUUUGCCAGAAGCACCUGGUCAGCCAACGCUGGGGGCAUUGCCUCCUUCUGCCCCAGGAGAUGCUCCCAGGCCUGCCCCUCUGCUUCUGCGUUCUGCUUCGCCUGGGGAGGGUUCGCGCACCACCGCAGAAUCUUCUCCCUGGAGGAGCCUUGAGGCGACACACUUCCCCUUCUCUCAGGGAAGUCCAGAAUCCAAGAAUCCCUCCACCCCAAGUGGCAGCGAGGAAACCGUUGCAGAUGACCCCCAAAGCGGAGUAUCCGUUAGUGCAGCAGCCGGGCUCCCGGAGGAUCUGGUGCAGGUCCCAGGCGUCUCUCCGGUGGGGGGUUCUGAGAUCUCAGUUUCCAGCACAGAAGAGCUGCUUCCCGGUGACUCUGGCCACGCUGAAGAGAUGAGGGAGGUGGACGUGGAUCAAGGCCCUGAAGACACAGCUGGACCUGGUGCCCAGGCGCAAGUCAGAGGGGCUGCAAGCAGAAUUCAGAGCCCCAGAGAAGAGCACCAGGAGAGCUGUGGGGAGAAGGCCUUACCUGAAGCUUCUGGCUGGGCAGAAAACAGGGCAAGCAACCUCACUGUGCAGAAUUUGGCACAGCUCCCUGCUGAAUCAGGAGAGGCUGAGCUGGAUGCAGCGAGCAGAGCUUCUGAUGACUUUUCUUCUGCUGAAGAAACAGAUGGCGACUUGCUGGAUAGUGACUCUUCUGCAAAGUGGACUCAAGAGGAGUUUGACUCUGAGAGAGAGAGUCCCGCUUUGCUGCCAAAGAACCUGUCCUGUGAGACACGGAGGAGUGACGACGAAAUCAGCUUGCAGAGUGGGCUUCUGAGAGUAGUGACAACAUGGACAUGGAGCCCCAUGCAAAUGCAAGCCUGCUAG